AUGGGUGCAGCACACCCCGGGUGCUGCUGCAGCCUGCAUGGCUUGGAUCACAAGCACGCUUUGCGCCCUGCCUCACACACCACACGUUUUGCCAACACAAUCCGUGCUGUGCCGCGCCAAUCCCCCAUCCCCGGCACCUGCAGCUUCGGCGUGGUGCUGCUGGAGAUCCUGACGGGGCUGCCGCCCAUCUUUGAGAGCCUUGACGCCAACGAGUCCACGGAUGGGGAGCGGCAGAUGACGAGCCUGGCCAGAUGGUGUGCGCCGUACGUGCAGACGGGCAACGUGGCCAAGAUAGUGGACCCGCGCCUGGGCGCCGACUACCCGGUGGACAUCGUGAAGGCCAUGGCGGAGGUGGCCAUGGCGUGCGUGCAGCGCCACAGCAAGAACCGCCCCGACACCGGCGAGGUUGUGCGGCGCCUGGGGGACAUUCUCGCACGCCUCACGGGCGACGAGAGCGCCGCCACACUGGGCCACCUGCGGUCGCAGAGCUCGAAUGUGGGCGCCAUUGCCAUUCCGGAGGACGGGGAGAUCGAUCCGAACAUUGCGCUGGUGGGCAACAUGGAGGGGCCGUACGAUGAGAGCACUGCCGCCAUGUCGCAGAUUAUCCCGCGCUGA